AUGGAUGUCACUGGGCUAGACUAUCCUAAUGCUGAUUCUUCUGCUGAGUUCACUUUCUGGUCAGGCCACAGGGACUUAAAACCAGAAAACCUGCUGCUGGAUGAAAAGAACAACAUCCGGAUAGCAGACUUUGGGAUGGCAUCGCUGCAGGUUGGGGACAGCUUGUUAGAAACCAGUUGUGGAUCACCACAUUAUGCUUGCCCUGAAGUCAUCCGGGGAGAAAAAUAUGAUGGAAGGAAAGCAGACGUCUGGAGCUGCGGAGUCAUUUUAUUUGCGUUGCUAGUGGGUGCCCUGCCUUUCGAUGACGACAACUUGAGGCAGCUGUUGGAAAAGGUGAAACGUGGAGUGUUCCACAUGCCACAUUUUAUCCCCCCAGACUGUCAGAACCUUUUGCGGGGGAUGAUUGAAGUGGAUGCCUCGAAACGUCUCACGCUAGAACAUAUUCAGAAACACAUAUGGUAUAUAGGGGGUAAGAACGAGCCAGAACCAGAGCAACCAAUCCCUCGAAAAGUGCAGAUUCGUUCUCUCCCUUCCUUGGAGGAUAUUGAUCCAGACGUGUUAGAUAGCAUGCACUCGUUAGGCUGCUUCCGUGACCGAAAUAAACUCUUACAGGACUUGUUGUCGGAAGAAGAAAACCAAGAGAAAAUGAUUUAUUUUCUUCUGCUUGACCGGAAGGAGAGGUAUCCUAGUCAUGAAGAUGAGGAUCUUCCCCCUAGAAAUGAAAUAGAUCCCCCCAGGAAGCGUGUGGACUCCCCAAUGCUGAACAGGCAUGGGAAGCGGCGGCCAGAAAGGAAGUCGAUGGAGGUUCUCAGUGUGACAGAUGGUGGCUCCCCAGUCCCUGCUCGCAGAGCUAUUGAAAUGGCACAACAUGGACAGAGGUCUCGAUCAAUCAGCGGAGCGUCGUCUGGGCUCUCCACCAGUCCUCUCAGCAGUCCAAGGGUCACCCCUCACCCCUCUCCAAGGGGAAGUCCCCUCCCUACCCCCAAGGGGACACCUGUCCAUACGCCAAAGGAGAGCCCAGCAGGCACACCCAACCCAACACCACCAUCCAGCCCGAGUAUUGGAGGAAUGCCAUGGAGGACACGGCUCAACUCAAUCAAGAAUAGUUUCCUGGGGUCUCCUCGCUUCCAUCGCCGGAAAUUACAAGUACCUACACCAGAGGAGAUGUCUAAUUUAACCCCGGAAUCAUCCCCAGAGCUUGCCAAAAAAUCCUGGUUUGGUAACUUCAUCAACCUGGAAAAAGAAGAACAGAUUUUUGUGGUCAUUAAGGACAAACCACUAAGCUCCAUUAAGGCUGAUAUUGUCCAUGCUUUCCUCUCGAUUCCAAGCCUCAGUCACAGUGUCAUCUCACAGACAAGUUUCCGUGCAGAAUAUAAGUCCACAGGAGGUCCCGCUGUCUUCCAGAAGCCAGUGAAGUUCCAGGUGGACAUAACAUAUACAGAAGGAGGAGAGGCACAGAAGGAGAACGGGAUAUAUUCUGUCACUUUCACACUCUUAUCAGGUCCAAGCCGUCGUUUUAAGAGGGUAGUAGAAACCAUUCAGGCACAGUUGUUAAGCACACAUGACCAGCCUUCAGUGCAGCAGUUAUCAGACGAGAAGAACGGGCAGGUGAGCCAUCCCCCCGGCACGCCAACCAAGCAUAGCGCAAACAGCAAGCGGAGCGAUUCCGGUUCUAAUGACUAUGGGUCUAGAGGAGACAAUAAGUACCCUGCUGGCAAAGACAAGGCAAAGAUGGUCUCAUCAGUCGGCCUACAAGACCAACCUUAAAUAAACACAUAAAAAAUUAAAUAACUUAGGAAAAAAAACAAAAAACAAAAAACAAAACAAAAACAAAAAAAGCAAGAAAGAAUGAAAGAAUAUUCCUUAGCAAGCUAGCCUCUAAACUAGAAGGAUGUAUAUACCUUGCCACAACAGUACAAAACUGUCUAUAGACAAAUUUUGUAUGAAGGAAUGACUGUAUAUAUAUACAUAUAUAUAUUUAUAUAUGAUAUAUAAUAUAUAUCUCAGAAACAAACACAAAAACAAACGAAUGAAAGAAUGAAAAGAAAAGAAAGAAAAGAAAAGGUAGCACAGAUGACAAACCCAGUUCACCAGAUCUUGGGUUGUGG